AUGGAAGCCCUGCAGAGGCAGCAGGCAGCCAGACUGGCCCAGGGGAUGAGGCCAUUGGCCCCUCCACGCCCACCACCACCACAGCCUCCCUUGCCUGGCCCUGGGAUUCUGCAGGCCCUUGAGAGGGCCUCAGGGAAGGUUGGGGCUGAGAAAGAGGAGGAUGCCGGAGAGGAUGAGGAGGGAGAGGAAGCUGGAGCUGAGAAAGAGGCAGCUGAAGAGAGUCGUCCAGAAACCCGGGGGCCCAGCUCACCUUCCAGCCAGCCCCCUGGACCUCAUCCCCAUGAGUGGACUUACGAGGAACAGUUCAAGCAGCUGUACGAGCUCGAUGCAGACCCCAAGAGGAAGGAAUUUCUGGAUGACCUGUUUAGCUUCAUGCAGAAGAGGGGGACGCCGGUGAACCGCGUGCCCAUCAUGGCGAAGCAGGUGCUGGACCUGUACGCGCUGUUCCGCCUGGUGACGGCCAAGGGCGGCCUGGUGGAAGUCAUCAACCGCAAGGUGUGGCGGGAGGUCACGCGCGGCCUCAGCCUGCCCACCACCAUCACCUCCGCCGCCUUCACUCUCCGCACCCAGUACAUGAAGUAUCUGUACCCCUACGAGUGCGAGACGCGGGCGCUCAGCUCCCCCGGGGAACUCCAGGCCGCCAUCGACAGCAAUCGGCGCGAGGGCCGUCGUCAGGCUUACACCGCCGCCCCGCUCUUCGGCUCCACCGGGCCGCCCCCUCGGGGCACCCCGGGCCCCACCUCAGGUCCUGGCUCCGCGCUGCCAGCGCCCACGCCCGGCCCCCGCCCCGCCCAGGUCUCCGCCUCCGGGCUGCCGGCGCACGCCUGCGCGCAGCUGAGCCCGAGCCCCAUUAAGAAAGAAGAGAGUGGAAUUCCAACCCCUCGACUGGCACUGCCCGUGGGCCUGGCCUUGGGACCUGCCCGGGAGAAGUUAGCACCAGAGGAGCCUCCAGAGAAGAGGGCUGUGCUGAUGGGGCCCAUGGACCCACCUCAACCUGGCGCACCCCCAAGUUUUCUGCCCCAUGGCAAGGUUCCCCUAAGGGAAGAGCGGCUGGAUGGGCCUCUCAAUCUGGCAGGCAGUGGUAUCAGCAGUAUCAACAUGGCCCUAGAGAUCAACGGGGUGGUCUACACAGGCAUCCUCUUUGCCCGCCGCCAGCCUGUGCCAACUUCCCAGGGCCCAAUUAACCCUGUACCCCCAACCCCUACAGGGCCCCCUUCCGGCACCUCCCCCUGAGAGCUCCCACUUUGAAUUAAGAGUCCUAGCCCAUUGCUGGGUGGGGGGAGACACCCCCUCCACCUUGAUUCUUCCAGCGGGCCCACUCUAGGACCCAGACCUGGGAGGGGACCCCCCCCCCCCAGCCCCCGCACACACACCCACACACAUGCCAUGUGGACUUGAAGCCAAAGGCUUUCUUUUGAUGUUACAUCUACCUCAUUGUAAGGGGAGGGCACUUCCUUUCUGGCCAACUCCAGCAGCAUCUACCAAAGAGUCCUGCCCCUAGAAACCCCCAUCGUCUCCUCACUUUGUCAAUGUCAUGUCUAGGACCCUACCUCUUGGAGUCAGACCUGCUUCUUCUCUUCCGGAGCCAUAUGAAGGGUUGGAUUGGGAUGUUGUGGAGGAGAUGUCCCUCAGGUCACAUCUGGAUAAUAAAGCUGUA